AUGGCGACUGAACCGCUUGUGCCCGGCACCGAGCCAGUGAUCCGGGAGCAGGACCAGCUGAUGCCCGUGGCCAACGUGUCCCGCAUCAUGCGCCAUGCGCUCCCUCCUCACGCCAAGAUCUCCGAUGACGCCAAGGAGAUGAUCCAGGACUGCGUGUCUGAGUUCAUCAGCUUCGUGACUGGCGAGGCGAAUGAGCGGUGCCACACCGAGCACCGCAAGACCGUCACCGCCGAGGACCUCGUGUGGGCCAUGAACCGCCUCGGCUUCGACGACUACAUUAGGCCCCUCAACGCCUUCCUCCAGCGCAUGCGCGAGAUCGAGGGUGGUGGCGCGGGCGGACGCGGAUCCGGGCGCGGCUCGCGCCGCGGGACGUCCCUGGCCGCGCUCCACGGCGCGCACACGAUGCGCCCCGCCGUGUCGUACCCAGCUGCGCCGCAAGGUUACGCCGUCCAGCCCGUCCCCCGCCCGGUUCCAGUUCCAGCCACCAGCGCGGCGUCGCACUUCGGCAGCCGGUACCAGAUGCCCGGCGGUCAGCGUUCCAUGGUUCCCUACUACGGAGGAGCGGCGUUCCGAGCUGGGGGGAGUCACGGGGGAUUCUACGCCGACGAGGCAAGCUCGUCGAACGAGGCACCACCGACGCGGCGUGCUGGAUCGCGCCACUACUAG